AUGUUACUAUUCAAGAAGAAGCAGGAGCAGGGGCGUCGCCGAGGGCCAGCAGUGUCGCCCGAGCGGCUCGUCACGGUGCGCGUCGAGGUCCCGGGCCACGUCGGCCGCGAGUACGUGCUCCCGGCGUCGCUGCUCGGCCACCAGCGCCUGGCGCCGCUGAUGGCAGAGGCGGAGGCGGAGUACGGCGUGCAGCAAGGCGACGUGAUCCGCGUCCCGUGCAGGCCCUGCCACUUCGUGGACGCCAUGGUGUGGGCUGCGGUCGAGGAGGCCAUGCAGGGUGGGACGGCCCACGGGGCCGCGGUCGUUCCCGUCGCCGACUCCGGCAAAGACAGCGGGAACCGCCAUGAUCUUGGCUGGUAUCUAGCUCGGCCACAUUGA